AUGCAGAUCUCUCAGCUUCUUCUCGCGACCAGCCUCCUUGCCUCCUCCAUCUUUGCUGCCCCUAUCACAAGCUCUGAUUGGACUAUACGAGACAUGAAGCGCGUCUGCAACGACGAAAACACCUCAUGCACCUGGACCUUCGGCAUCGACUCCGGUUCAGACACUACCGAUUGCACCUAUAUCGUGGAGGCCAACGAUGCCUCUCAAGCCGACGGAGGCCCUAGUACAUGCGGGACAUACACCGUCACCUCAAGCUGGAGCGGCCAGUUUGGUCCUACCAACGGGUUCACUACCUUGUCCGUUGGCAACGACGAGUCCGGUCAGAUGAUCUGGCCAGGCUACAAUGACGAGCAGCUUGAGGGUGGAAACGUCGUCAAGCCCGACAAGAGCUACACUCCCACUACCCUCUGA